GGACUAAACUUCACAUCUGAGCUGCAACUUCUUGAUUGGACUAUAGAAGUCAGAAUCUGGGAACACCGGAAUCCAGAGGAAGAACACUGAAGAGCUCAAGAAUGUACCUGUGACCUCGCUGUUCUCCGAGGGGAUAACUUGAGAGGACUGGACAUUAACAUUGGACUGGCAGAGGUGACCCUUGUAAUUGAGCUCCUGGGAGGUCUACUGGACGGAAGCUGGCGGUCCUGAUUGAUGUGAUUUGACCAAAUCUGAAGUCUGAUCGCUGAGAAAUUGGCAGCUUUGACGAGGAGGAAAACCAACAUGGAGGGCGAUAGCUUGAGCUGCGUGAAAUACCUCAUGUUCAUCUUUAACUUUUUUAUAUUUCUUGGUGGAACUUUUCUGCUUGGACUCGGGGUUUGGGUAAUCGUUGACCCCACCGGCUUCCGGGAAAUCAUAGCUGCAAAUCCCUUGAUGUUCAUGGGCGCCUACCUGGUCUUGGCCAUGGGAGCCAUGUUGUUUCUUCUCGGCUUCCUGGGCUGCUGUGGAGCCAUCCGUGAGAACAAGUGCCUUCUGCUGUUUUUCUUCAUGUUUAUUCUGGUUAUAUUCCUGGCGGAACUCUCGGCUGCUAUUUUGGCGUUCCUGUUCAGGGAGAACCUAACCAGAGACUAUUUCACCAAGGAGCUGAAGAAGCAUUAUCAGGGGAACAACAGUACGGACAUAUUCACAUCCACCUGGAACUCCGUCAUGAGUACUUUUGAAUGCUGUGGUGUGAACGGCCCUGAAGAUUUUGGGGACACCUUGCACUUUAAGGCCCAUUCCCACAACGCAGUGCCUGAAGCUUGCUGCCGGAGGAACAUCCUGAGAAGAGAGUCGGAGAUCCUGAGCAAAACAGAGUGCAUGUUGGGUAUCGACCUGAACAGACAGGGCUGUUAUUCCACAAUACUCAGUUCCUUGGAGCCUUAUGUAUAUAGUGCUGGAGCAUUGGCCAUCGGAGUCUUGGCUGUCGAGCUCUUCGCCAUGAUAUUUGCCAUGUGUUUGUUUCGAGGCAUCCAGUAGAGAGAGGAUUUCGGCAGAUGGACUGCGUGCCAAAACUGUGAGAGUCUCCCAACUCCCCAAUCCAUCCAGACCACCAUCUUGCUUCAAAGCCCCUACUGACAGGGGGCCUUGCACAAGCGUUGGGGCCUCCAACCGUAACAGUGUUACUGUGAACACCCAAAAUUAAGAAAGGACUCUUUCGAUUUACCAGCUUUCGGUCUCCAUAUGGGGGAGACUACAUUGUGACGACAUCACUCUGCGGAAAUAUAGCAGACUAAGCGUCGUCUGAUCAGCACCACGAUUCAAAUAUGUAAAUAUCGGACUGGACCUAACUGACCCACCCUGGACCAAU